GAAGUCAGAAUUCUCCGCAGAACACCUUCUCCCCUAUAUGAUCGAGUGAAUAAUGUAUGUAACCCAAUUGAGAAACCAAGAUUCUAAAGAAGAGGUGUGAGCUUAAAACUGUAGAAUAUGAUAAUGGAUCCAAGUAAAACAUGAGCAAGUGGAACAUGUAACUACACCUGGAAGGAGCGAGAAAGGAAACACCAAAAUUAGAUUUGAUUCGCGAUUGUGAAGGCUCUCUUAAUUGUGAGGGGAGGUGGCCAUCAAUCACUUCUCUGAAACUUCAAUAAAUGUAGUUUGGUGCCAGCAAAAGAAGUCACAAAUGUGGAGGAAUGAUAUCUGUAUUAUACGCUUACUCAAGCAAUGUUGUCUGCUCUGCAAUUCUGCUGUCCGCUGAAAAUUUUCCCAGGUUUACCACUGGCAAUGUCAUUGUGGUAUAUGUGGAAUUAAUAUAUAUUUUCCUUAUUCCAAACAUAAUUAUAAAAUGCCAUUGCCGUCCACUUCUCAUUUCAAUCUCACAGCAUUAUUUAGAGAUGGGCUGUUGAAGGAGGUGCUGCACAUUCUGCUUACUACACACAACCCCCCUGAAGACUUCUCUACAUAUCUUCAAUUAUUGCAGAUCUGCAUUCUCAAGAACGCGCUUUCACAAGGGAAAAAAAUCCACUCUUUCAUCGCUCACAGGCGAUUUGCAUUUGCUACACGCACAACUUUUCAGAAUAACCUCAUUAACAUGUAUGUCAAGUGCCGAAGUUUGCUACAUGCACGUAAAGUGUUCGACCAUAUGAAAGAACGAGAUAGCGUCUCGUGGAAUACGAUUAUUGCAGCGUACAGAAGACAUGGGUAUCUUCACGAGGCAGUUACUCUGUUUCACUAUAUGCAACACAGAGGUUUCCAACUCGAUCAGUUCACAUUUGCCAGCGUACUCGCAGCCUGUGCCAAAAUGGGAGAUUUGGAAGAGGGUAUGGGUAUCCAUCAAAGGGUAAUGGAAGGGGGAUUUUUCUCAGAUGUUGUAGUUGCAAGUGCCCUAGUAGACAUGUAUGCAAAAUGUGGAAGGAUAGACAAGGCACGUGAACUGUUUGACAAAAUGCCUCAAAGAAAUGUGGUCUCAUGGACUGCAAUGAUUGUAGGAUAUGCAGAUUCUGGAUUUGUUGGAAAGGCACUAGAAACUUUUAAGCAUAUGCAACUGGCGGGUGUAAAGGCAGACUCCUCAAACUUUGCCUGCAUCCUCACUGCCUGUGCUCAAUUUGGAGCUUUGGAACAGGGUAUGAAUAUCCAUCGAGUCAUAAUUGAGAGUGGAUUUUCGUCAGAUGUCGUUGUUGCAAGUGCCUUGGUAGACAUGUAUGGAAAAUGUGGAAGCAUAGACAAGGCACGGGAACUUUUUUACAAAAUGCCUAAAAGAGAUGUGAUCUCAUGGACUGCAAUGAUUGUAGGAUAUGCACAAAAUGGAUUUGUUGAAAAAGCCUUAGAAACUUUCAAAGAAAUUCAGUUGGAAGGUGUAAAGCCAGACUCUACAACCUUCACCAGCAUCCUUCCAGCCUGUGCCAAAAUGGGAGCUUUGGAACAGGGCAUGGGCAUCCAUCAAAACAUAAUUGAAAGUGGAAAAUUUUCAGAUGCGGAAGUUUUGAAUGCCCUGGUAGACAUGUAUGCAAAAUGUGGAAGCAUUGACAAGGCACGUGAUAUAUUUGACAAAAUGCCACAAAGAAAUGUGGUCUCAUGGAAUGCCUUGAUUGCAGGAUAUGCACAAAAUGGAUUGUGCAAGGAUGCUCUCAGAAUGUUUGAAUUAAUGAAGCUCUCUGGAACAUAUCCCGACAUUGUAAGCUUUGGUUGUGUUCUAUUUGCAUGCAGCCAUGCAAGUUUAGUGGAUGAGGGCUGCACAUACUUCAAUCAUAUGAGUAAUUUUUAUUGCAUUACACCUACAGUUGAUCAUUAUGUGUGCAUGGUUGACCUUCUUGCCCGUGCUGGCCAUAUUGAGGACACUCUAAAAUUUAUCAUUAAGAUGCCAGUUAAACCUGUGGUGGUUAUGUGGAUGUGUUUUCUUGGUGCCUGUAGAUCACAUUUGAAUGUAGGCUUAGGAGUAUUUACAGCAAUGCUGCUUUUUGAUUUGGAUCCUAAAAAUCCUGCAACUUAUGUUCUUCUCUCAAACAUCUAUGCAGAAGUGGGCAGAUGGGGUGAGGUUCAAAUGGUAAGAAGAUUAAUGAGAGAUAGAGGAAUUAAGAAGAUCCCUGGAUGUAGUUGGAUUGAAGGCCAUAAAAUGGUACAUGCAUUUUGUGCAGGAGACAGGUCACACCCACAGACACAGGAGAUCUAUGCAAAAUUGGAGAAAUUGGCUUGGGAAAUGAAGGCAGCAGGCUAUAUUCCAGAUUCAAGACAGUCACUUAAUGAUGUGGAAGAGGAGGAAAAAGAAUUAUUUCUCUGCCACCACAGUGAAAAGUUGGCAAUUGCAUUUGGUUUGUUAAACACACCCCCCGGAACAACUAUUAGAGUUGUUAAGAACCUUCGAGUAUGUGCUGAUUGUCAUACUGCAGCAAAAUUUAUCUCCAAGAUUGUUGGAAGAGAAAUUGUCGUGAGAGAUGCAAACCGUUUCCAUCAUUUUAAAGGAGGACAAUGUUCUUGCCGAGAUUACUGGUGAUACUAAAUGAAGCAAUUUGUAGAACAGGCUUGCACUACAAUUCGUGCGUUGUGUCAGACGUGCACUAAUUCUGAGGGACAAGGAAAUUUGGGUAUAAAAUGAAAAGCUGGAGGAUGUGGAGAAUAGGAAAAUCAAAAGGGUGACCAUUGAAAAUUGAAUUACAUAUUCCAGAUUAUAUAUCUAUGGUGAACAACAACAUGGGUCCUUUCUGCAAAAAUCUAGAUUCUGAAGGAAAUUGGUUAUCUGCUGCAAGUUCAGGCAAAGUGGUGGAGAUUGGGAGGAAUUUAGCUGUAAUUUAUAACUCUCUUAAACCUGUAAGAGAUAUGCUAUUGUUUAUGCUGUUAAGAAAGGUAGAAUAUAGUUAUAGGAAGAUUCAGACAGCUAGCUUAUGUAAAGGGAGCUAUCCCCUUUUAAUAGCAUUUAUCUAUAAAAAUAAAAAGUAGAUAUCUAUGGGAUUUGAAAAACUCGCAUAAUAAGGUUUAUAGAUUGAUGUUAGAGAAAAAAUAAUAACAUUUGUAUAUGUAAAAACAAAAUCACAAUUUAUAUUGCAUUGUAAUAACACACUCAUGGACUUACAAAUCUGUGCAUGAUGAGAUUUAUAUAUUGCAUUGUAAUAGUACAUUCAUAGACUUACCAAUUUGUGCAUGAUGAGAUUUAUAAAUUGAUACUAAUGUGAUGAGGGUUUGAAGGUGGUUGGCAGAUAGCUAAAUAGAGCAUUUCAUAAGCAUUUGGAGUGAUAAUUGUUACCAAUUUUCUGCUCACAGGCCAAAAAUUUGCUUAUUAUUGAGUAAAUUUUAAUUAAAAGAAAAAAUGUGUAAAUGGCCUUGUAUUUUUUAAGGACAGUGAUUGUCAAAAAGAAAGCCUUUUUGUUUUAAAAAUAAUCCUUGAAUCCAAAAUAAAGUCAUGUUUUUAAAAUGCAAGGAGGGAAAGUUCAAAAUUUUAAGAGUUCCAUGAAAAGUGAGUAGGAGUUCCUGUUCUUUGCCACGUAGAAGCUCUUUUUAUCCUCCAUGUAGAGUUUAAUGAGCUUAGGGUUUUGAUAUUAAAAAUUGAGUUGUUACAGGAAGAAAGCCCUAUGCCUCUGCAAGUUUUUAGUCCCACUGCCAAGAACAACCAGUUACAAGCUAUGAAGAGCAGUUUACAAAGAUGUGUAGAGAUUAUUCAUAUUUGCAGAAGAUCUCAAAGUUUUUCAUGUAAGACAUGUUGCAUGCAAAGGAGGAGUGUUGGAGAGUUUAAGACCACGUGUUAAGCCACAUUUAAAGAUAUUUCAGUCUCAAACUGCAUGCGUAACAGAGGUCUGUUGCUUGUCUUUCUUGUAUUUAAGAGUUUGUUUGAGAAACUUGUGCAUGUAUAACGAUAUUUCAACUCAUAUGGAGCUGCAUAGAUUUGGUAUUAGUUUCUUUAUUUGGCAUUGUGUUUUCUCUUUUAAGCUCUGUCUAAAGCUCAGAUAAGUGGAGUUUAGGUAUAUUUGAAAAGUUAAUAGGACAAAUCAGGUUAUUGAAGAGAAUAGAGAGCAGCAGAGGUAUAGAGGCAUGAUGAACCCUAUCACAAUGAAAGAGUCAUAACCAAAUUAUGUCUCUACAAGAAAAGCAUCUGCAAUAAAGUCCAAAGUCAGAAGAGUGCCAUUCCCGUGAGUAAGAGCUUUGACUACAUCAAAGGCAUAGAGACAGAGGUAUAUUUCUUGUUUACACAGCCCAUAAAGCUUAUGACCAGUCUUCUUAGCACUAUGAACAGUCAAGGAACUUUUAAUAAGUAUGGAUAGAUCUGAAACAACAAAAGCAUGCUGCAAAAGAGUCAUUCACAGUCAUUAGAAGGUUUUGAAAUGACAGUAUAAAAAGGAUACAGUGGAAGCCCAAGGUUAGGAACAGUUCAAGAUCAGAGAUACAUAGAAAUGAUAGCUUUGAGCCAUAAAGACAGUCAUAAACAUAGCAUAUUCACUGAGUCAUGAAGAUUUCUUGUCCUCAAAGUCAGUCUUCUCUUUGUUUAUUUGUCACAACAUCACCUUUACCAGCGAAUCAGUUAAAGGACAAUCACCAUGAUAAAGAAAUCAUAGAGCAGCAAUCUGGGACAAUAUCAUAAGGAGUUUCAAGGAAACCCAAGCCCAAAAUUUUUGCUCCCAAGUAUCCAUCUCACAUAUCAUACCAAGCUGAUAGUAUGCUCAGAUUAUAGGAGCAAAUAGAAGUGUUUUAUAGAAGACAUAAUGCAUGAUUGUCUUCAGAUUGUAAAGGAAUAAGGACAGUGAUAAAGCCAAUAUGAUGAAAAACAGUGAGCUUCAGAUUUCAUACUGAGUAGUCAAAUAAAUCAAGAGGGUUGUAGUAUUAAUGAGCAGUGUCUCAGACCCAAAAAGCAGAUUUGAGCACCAAGAACAGUGAGAAGAGGUUUUGUAAAGGGUCCUUGAAGACACAGGUCCUUGUUUCAAAGAAUUAUGGUCAGGUUCUCACGAAGACAACAUAGUUCUUGGAAUAAGGAGGUUGGCAAUAAAGCCAAUAUGAUGAAAAACAGUGAGCUUCAGAUUUCAUACUGAGUAGUCAAAUAAAUCAAGAGGGUUGUAGUAUUAAUGAGCAGUGUCUCAGACCCAAAAAGCAGAUUUGAGCACCAAGAACAGUGAGAAGAGGUUUUGUAAAGGGUCCUUGAAGACACAGGUCCUUGUUUCAAAGAAUUAUGGUCAGGUUCUCACGAAGACAACAUAGUUCUUGGAAUAAGGAGGUUGGCAGUCCAGUCUUGAAGAUCAUAAAGAAGACAUGUGAAGCACACUGUCCUUAAGAGCAGAUCAAAACCUCAUAUAACACCAGAGACAACCAAGAUAUAGUCAUACAGUGAUUUUGACAAUGAUGGGUUUGUUGCAGCAUCUAGAAGACUAUAAGACCUUCAGUCACAGUGACAAAUGCAGCCAUAAAGCCAUAUUGGACUGACAAAAGACAGAGCAGUUAUCAAAUCUAAUGAUGAAGAGGUGUAUAGUUAAAGAACUUUGUAUUAAGACUCCAUCCAUGUGAAUACACCAUCAUGAAGGGCUAUCAAGCUAAUCAAAGGAAUAACUGUUGAAGUAUGAAAGCAAGGCCCCUGUCUUUUGCAGAGGUAAAGGAGUCAUCAGAAGUAAGGUUCCUGUCUCAGUCAUAAAGGAAUUGUCCCAGCUAUGAAGGGAAGAGCAGUCCUUGAAGAAUGAUGAAACAGAGGACAAGCAUUUUGUAUGAAUUCAGAACAAAUGCAAGAACACAGUCAUCUAAUGUUUAGAGACAGAGCAGUCAAUAAAGUUCUCACAGCUUCAACCACAGUCAAUGAGUGUAUGAAGGCAUAGGCAACAUUCAAGGUGCAGAAGUCACUGUUCAAACACAAAGGACAGCUUCAUAGUGAAAG